UCAACCAAAGGAAUUGGGAUUCCUCUCUCGCUUCUCCAUCUCGCCGGCAGUCCCCGUCCCAGCCCAUAUGGCCACGGGGUGGUUGCGCUCCCUGCAUUGCAAGUCUAACUCCGUCGACGACGUGGUUUACUCCCGGACGCCGUCGUCGUGUUCGUCUUUGGCCAGGAAGCCGCUCCUCUCCUCCGUCUCCUGCGGCCAAGCCUCUCACGCCGUCAGGGACGUCAUCCCCUCGUCGCCGUCGAAGCCGAAGGCCAAGAGGUCGAUGGCGAAGACCAAGGCUAAGCAGAGGCCUGCCCGCCCGCCGCCCUCGCCGGCGACGGGGCCGCGCGCCGCCGCGGUGCCCUUCCCGACGCUCGAGGAUCUCCCCGCCGGCCAAUCGUCCCGCCGCGUGGUCGAGAUCAUCUUUUCCUCCAGCUGGUCCUCCUCCUCCUGCGGCGGCAGCGGCGCCGCCUUCCCGGGGGAGAUCGAGAUGCUGUUCCGGGUCCACAACCCGGCGCGGGCGGUGGCCCGGUUCGAGGAGUGCCGCGCGGCGGCACGAGCACGAGCCGACGACGUACGCUGCGCAGCUGACGGGAACGAGAUGCUGCGCUUUCACUGCGGCGGCGGCGGCGCCGGUGGUGGGGUCUAUGACGCCGGCGUGGUGCGCAGCUCGGUGUGGUCAGGGGGGAAGAAGGUGGAGGGCGUGAGGACCUUCUCCGGGAGCGGAAGAGCGCAUGCUAGCGGGGGUGGCUCGGCCGGGCGGCGUGGGAUGCUGGUGUGCCGAGUGGUCGCCGGCCGGGUCAGGGCCGAGCCAGAAAACGAGUUGGAGGCCGAAUCGGUCAGCCUCACUUGCGGGGAGCUCGUGGUAUUUGAUCACCGUGCGGUGCUCCCUUGCUUCCUCAUCAUCUACAAAUUCUAAACAAGACUUCUAAUCCACCAUUAACUCACUUUUCUUUCUUUUCCGAAUCAAAAUCUCACCAUUUCUUUGAGACUUUCGACUCCUUGGCGCCUCGGUGAUUCAGGAGAUUGUGUGUCCUAAUGUUGUAAAAAAAUUGGCCCUUUUCUUCUUCAAGUGAGCACGGAAACUAUUUUCCAUCUCGUGCUUUUUGUUUUUUUUAGCAUCUACGUUUGUCUCUUUGUUGUGGGUUAAGUAUGUUUGUGUCAUACUUUUCUGUGCUUGUAAGAAAUUUGGCUCUUUUUUGUUGGAGUUUUUCCCCUUCUUGCUGGAUUUGUUUGGUGUUAUGUAGAACAUAUGAACUUGUCCGGUGAAAUGGCAGGAACAAGCUUUUAGCAGC